ACGCUGCUUCCGUUGCCGCCUGCAAAUCUUUUUGUUUAAACGCAAACCUAUAAGAUCCAAGCCCGUCGUUCCGAUUCCGCCAAAUCUCAAGCCCUUUCACCGCCAUCUAAAUCGUCACACACAAUCAAUCAACCAGCCUUCUCGUAACAAGAUGAGCUACAAUAUUACAUCGCUAUUCGGCGGAAGCAACAUAUCCAUCGCGCUAGGCCUCCCCGGCUACUGGGGUCCUGUAACGUCAACUCUCGACUGGUGCGAAGAAAACUACAUCGUAUCGCCAUAUCUCGCUGAAUGGUGGAAUGCAACAACCAACCUGGUGUUCUUAUUAUGGCCCGCAAUCGGAAUAUAUUCGUGCAUCAAGACAGGCGCUGAGCCAAGGUUCUACGCGAGUUACAUCGCGUUAAUGAUGGUGGGCAGUGGGAGUUUCUUGUUCCAUGGAUCGUUGACGUACGCAAUGCAACUUUUGGAUGAGUUGCCGAUGGCGAUGGCCACGUGCGUCUUUGUGUAUUGCCAUCUCCAGAUGUUCAGCAAGAACACAUCUCCGCUCACAAUCAUUGGCCUUCUCUGCACUUUCGCGUCGGUGGCAGGAUCGCACCUCUUCCUGAAGACGCCAAUCAUUUUCCAGCUUUCAUUCGUCGGUCUCACGCUUGUGCAGUUGUUUGCGGCACUCCGCAAUAUCAGCAUCAUUCGCAAAAUCCACCCAAGUGAAACAAAUCUUUUGUUUGGCCUCACCGCCUUGGCCGUCGGUUCGAUUUUGGCUGCCUUCGCGUUGUGGAACACGGACCAGAUUCACUGCGGAUCCAUUCAACAGCACCGCAACAAUAUUGGCUACCCGUUCCGCAUCGGUCUCGAGCUUCACGCUUGGUGGCACUUGUUGAGCGGAUACAGUGGAUAUGUAUCCGUCAUUGGAUCACAAUACUGCCGCAUGCUUGCUCUCGGCAGGACAGAUGUGGAGGUGACAUGGAUUGCGGGCAUUCUGCCCAUGUGCACUUUCCGACGAGUGAAGAACAUCGAGCAGCAGCCAAGAUCAAGACCGGUCUCUGCGCCCACCAGGCACAUUCGUAAGCCCUCGAUGGGCGAGGAUGAGCGCGGUUCCGUUAGAACGCAUGUGACCCGCGUAACAGCGAGGCCGCAUUCGGCUGCUAGGCCCUAAGAGCCGCUCGGGCAUUUUGGUUCAAUCCUAGUAGAUGGAUAGCGACGUAUCGUACCUGCCCGGCUUAUUAACAGCCCUAUUCCCCCGCAUUUUUCAGGUCUUGUCGUAGACGUAGACGUAGCAUUUGUAGAUAUACGUCAUGUGUGCAGCAUCUUAUGUGUUUACUACGCAGUCAACUUCACUGCAAUGUUAUUCCGUCAAAUUCUUCAAAACUACCUGGGGUUUG